AUGGCAGAAAAGUUAAAGCCACUCCCUGAAACUCAACCACUUUCAUCCUGCAGGAGCUCAGCAGAUAGAUCACAGGCAUUGCUGGGUCAGAUGCUCUGGAGCUCUUCCAGGCCUGGCCGGUGUUUAAAUAGAAAGGUUAUGUACCUGGGAGAUUUAUUUCAUCUUUUAAUUGGUUGUUUGUUUACACGGCUCGGGAGCUCUUUGCUAAUGUUUGCUUUGCUGGCUCACUCAGCUGCUGAAAAUCCUGGCCGGCCGCGUCCCAGCCCAGCCGGUGUGCCGGGGGAGCUGCCUUUCGGCUCUGGCUCCUCGGCUUCACCCGGUGAGCGCCAGUGCUUCCCCGUGAGCUCUUCCCAGCCCGGAACCACAGGCACCUGGAGCGGGCAUCUCUCCCAUCACGCCUUCGCAGGUGUGAUGGGAGGGAUGGUCCAGGUAGCAAGAUCUCAGUUCUCUGCUGGUCUCAAUCUGCACAAAGCUUCAGAGGAAAAUCAGUUUUCUUCCACUGCAGCUCUAGUGAAAAGGGCUUUGGAAACGACCGGCAAAGCGCAACACUUUUCUCAUACCUCUUUUCUUGGUUUUAUCUCAUUUUAUGUUAAUUUUCACCUUUCCACGAGUGGUGGGACUGCCUCCGCAGGCAUGCCCAGGCGACGGGUGCCCAACAGUCAUGUAGGCGGAUGGCUGCGGUGCGAGGUGCCCACAGGCUCUUUGGCAGAGCAGGUCUCUGAUGGCAGAUGGGCUCCUCCACCCCAUCCUUGGGGGGCACCUGCGUGGUUCAGGGGUGCCUCUUUGCCUCCCCACCCCAGCACUGGAGCCAACGGAUCCCUAUCUCAGCUCAGCAUGCCUCCCUGGAGGGCAGAAGGGAAGCGAUGCUCCCUGGCCUGUGCCAGCAAGGAGCAGCCACCCAGCCGGAUCGGUGGGGCGAGCUUGGAAGGAGCGGCCCCAGGGGUGAUGGGGAAGCCGCAGACGAAGGAGGGGAUCAUGCCCAAGAUGAGCUGCCGUUGGCAAGAGCCCCUUGGAAUUAGGAAGGCCGAGGCAGGUGCUUCCAAGGCAGGUGGGUUUGCUCCAAAAAACCUCCCAGCUUCUGCGGCAGAUGGCCACCUUCCCGGCGGGGCAGCUUGCCCGCUCCUCUGCCAGCUCCUGCCCGCAUGCAUUGAACCCGUGUCAACGGCGGCCACAUGUGUUUGGGAGGAGCUGAUGGGUGUCACCGCAGGAAUGGGGGGGUUGGGGGUAUUUUGCAUGUUUUUUGGGUUACAAAUGUGUUAACGUCUGUUUUGCGCAAUCAAUCCAUUUCUCAAUCUUUGCUCCCUGCAAACAACUGGAGGUGAAUGUGCGUUGCUUAACCGGGUAAAUCAGAGCCACCUCUGUGCCUCCAGCCUCACCGACUGCACGUGGCUGCUCUCCUCUCCUUCCUCCCAUCAAAGUCUGCAUUACUAAUGAUAAUUAAAACCGUGUUUGGGAGCAGUU